UGUUUGAUGAGUGAUACUCUGCUGACUCAACACUCCUAGAAAGCCAAUAGCUUGCAAACACAACAAAGCAGCGACAUGAUGCUGUUGGGAAAGCAACAGUAAAAGCAACGCAUAAUAGAGGCAGAUAUUAUUGCUUCAUUUUUCCUUAUUCUUUAAAAGAAAAUUAAGUAAAAAAAUUAAGUAAAAUAUUGACUCGUGUGUUUGGAUGUCCCCAUGAAAAACAUAUAUUAUAAGGGAAUAAAGAAGCAGGACGGCCCCUUUAGGAAAUCUAGGUUUUGUAAAAGAAGAAUUAGUGUUGCAGACACAGAACUCACUCACAGAAAUAUAAAUGUCCUCAUAGUUCUUAAGAAUACUGUGAUAAUAGAUAAACAACAUUCGUUUCCACGUUUGUUGCAGAAUUGUAAAUCGUUUACAGGUCACCUGCUGGGGCCGGUUGAUGUGGUCCAGAGCUCAUCAGCUUUACCGGCGAGCUGCGUGCACUCAUGUGUUAGUCACAAGGUGGGAAACAAAGGUCAGCGUCUGUUCUCUCAGUCCAUCACAAGAUUCCAGGAUGUUGAUGACUGAGCUCCCGCUCGUCUUCUGUCUUGUCGGGGCAGCGGGUGCCCUGCACAAACAGUGGAUUCCGGACACCAACUAUGAGAACAAGACGAACUGGGACAGAGAGGCUGUUCCAUGUGGCAACGACAUCGCUCAUUUUCCAGCCCAGAGAAAGGUGUCCGUGUUCGUGGAGACCACGCAUGCCGUGCGGGAGAUGAGGCUGCCGGUUGACGGGGAGUUCAUCCUGAACUCGGGAGCUGGAUUUUAUGUCGUGCGCGGGAAAGAUCCACGCUGCGGAGCUGGUGUCACGACCAAGUUCAGAGACUCGGAGCCUCUUCGGUGGUUCAACCCGGCUCUGUGGCAGGCAGCUGCAACUCUGGACGACCUGCAGCGUGGAAACUUCUUGUACUCAGUCCACGAGGAGAGCGUCCCGUGCCUGCAGGACGAUGUGGUUUUUGAAGCCCACUCCUCUUUCAGCAUGGACACCGGCUCCGGUCAGUUCGCCGUUUCUGUCAAAUCGGUGUCGGUGCUGGGGAAGAAGUUUGAGAGCAGAUCUGAGUUCUACCAGUAUCUCAGCUCACGUUCAGGCCAGCUGCAGUUUCAAGGACCCUCUGCUGUCACUGUUGGGAACCAAGAGUGUGGGGAUCCUUCGGGCUGCGACUGUGGGAAUUCUGUGAACCAUCAGCAGAUAUGCAACACUAUCACAUGUGACUCUCCGAGCUGUAAGAAGCCUCUCCACCCUGCGGGACACUGCUGUGGUGUUUGUGGCGCCAUCGUCACCAUUCGCUAUGCUGCUGGUUUCAACCUGCAAACUUACAGGCAACGAAUCCAUCACCUGUUUCUAAUCUUGCCAAAAUACAAACACAUUCAGCUGGGCAUGUCUAAAGUCUUCAAGUCACAGCGGCUGAUGGGGGUCAUCCCUUUUGGCACCUCGCCCGAGAUCCAGGUGGUUAUUGUGGAUGGAGAGAAGGGGCCGCAGUCCGAAGGUCUGGCUCGGGACAUACUGACAGAUGCCCGUUCUCAUGCCUCCAACCUGGGGAUAGCUGGGGCUGAAUACCUCACCUCUUCUGGGAGCAGCAGUGAUCAGACCGGAGGAGGCGCCGGGAUGGUGGUUGGAGUUGUGUUUGGGGUUUUGAUCAUGAUUACAAUCGUGGUGGCGGCGGCGGUCCUGAUUCGUAAAGGGGUUGUUCGAAUACCAUCAUCACUGCCGAGUCUGGGCAGCUUAAUGAGAAGCAGCGAUGUUGGAGACCUCGACGGGUCUAUUGACCACGGCUUUGAUAAUCCUAUUUUUGACAGGCCCAACAUGCUGCCCGAUAUUCCUGGCGUGUAUGGCGCUGCAGCAAACCAUUCGAUCUCUAUGACUCAGACAGGUGUGCACUUUGUAAACCCAGUUUAUGACGAUAGUGAAACUGAUUUAAAUGCCUGAAAUAGACUGCAGCAGAAUUUGGGGGAGUUGAUUUCAAAAGUACUUUUUAAUUAACUUGAUGAUUUUACAGUAUCUUCAACAAGGAGCUCUAGAAUAAUUCAGCAAAUGCACUUGUAGAACAAAUAAAAUAAUUGUUUGCAGACAAUGUCACAUUCAAGAGCCUGUAUAUAAAUCUCAAUAAAGCUGCAGUAAAUGGGUUUAUUGCUGCACAGAUUUAUUUUAUAUAUUACCACUGGAUGGCUUUGUGUAAAAUCCUCCACAUCUGCCAACAAUGUUAUAUACCUUGUUAUGUAACCUCAAUAAACAUUUAUUACACAAUAA